UUCUUAGAGAUCUGAAUAUAGGAAAUAGACCCAUCUAUUAUUCCACUAUACAAAAAUCAAAACCAAAAGAAAAAAGAGAUACAGGAAUGGAUCAUUUCAGCCACGAGCAUCCACUGAUCCUGAAUGAAGAUUACGUUGCUAGAGGGGGUGAUAUGUGUAAUGCCUGCAACGAAGAGAUCGUCUCAUGUAAGUCAUUUGUUUUCAGUUGCAGCCGCAGCAGCAGCAUCACGGGCAUCACAAGUACUGAUCAUAAGGAUGUUGAUGGAAAAUGUAAUAAAUUCUUACUCCACAAAACAUGUGCAGAGUCACCCCGUAGAAUUCAAAGCCUAAGAAACCGAGAAGAGUUCCUUGACCUCCGUGUCAAUAUCCAUCGUCAACAAACAUGGGAGCAAUUUUUGUCCAAACGUCCAGCUGAAUUUUAUACCUGUAACAUGUGUAUGAAACAAAUGCCAUGGAUUUACUGCAGUCCUGGUUUUGUAUUCUGUGUUUGUCUUAAAUGUGCCAUGUUCCAAGUUGAUUAUUUCAUAAGCCGUAAAAUUAAGCAUCAAUCUCACACUCAACACCAACUAGCCCUAAUCCAACGUCCAUCUUCAUUCAAAUGUGAUGCUUGCAAUGCGGAGGAUAGUAUUAAAGACAUGUCAUAUAAAUGUGUGGAUUGUCCGUUUUGGAUUCACAAGAGCUGCGCGGAUGCUCCUACCUCUUUCCUCUUUCAUUUCCACAAAAAACACCCUCUUAUGCUCUCAUUUUCUUUGCCACAAAUUCAUCACAAAUUUGCACAGCAUUGCAGACUCUGCAAUGGAAAGCUGGGUGAAUUAAAUUGGCUGUACUAUUGUUCCAAAUGCAGAUAUUUCGCCCAUUUUCAAUGUGCUAGAUCAAGGCAGAUGUUGAGCUCUUCUGAAAACGAAGAAUAUCCCGAACUUGUGCACCUCCCAGCAGCUACUGAAUCCUCUGUAAAUUUAUUGUUUGAGCAAUUUAUCAAGGAGAUGAAUGGUCCAAAGAACGAGGAAGGAUGUAGCACUCGUCUUAAAGAUUGGGCUCAUGUGACACAUCCUCUGCAGCUUGUUACACACGAUGAGUUACACGAUGAGAAAGAUUUAUUAUUGAUGUGCGAUGGCUGUGCCAGACCCAUCCGAAAUGAUGGCCAUGUUUUCUAUGCUUGUGUUCCUUGCCAAUAUUUUCUGCAUAAAUUCUGCGGUGAAUUACCCACCACAGACCACCAAAUAAUUCCAUCAUACGAGCUUUUUCGUUGUGAUUGGUGUCAAUAUUUGGGCAAUGGUAUAUAUUUCCGCAGAGAUCUGCCAAGAAACUCGUGGUUAUGGGAUCUUGGACCUAUUAAACAACAUAUAGCAUGCUCAGCCCUACCCAAAAUGAUCAAACACGACUCCCACCCUCACCCACUUCACUUCAAUAGUCAUUAUACUACUUAUUGCAAAGCUUGUGGAGGGCUUUUAAUUCCAAGGCACGGUUGCGAAGGUUGUGAUUUCCAUUUAUGUGCAGGAUGUAUUAUGAAGCCAAGUCGAGUGAAACAUCGGUGGGAUCCUCACCCCCUCCGCUUGAUUUAUGAUCCUGGCAUGGUUGAGGAUCACGAACAUGAGUUUCAAUGUGAGUUCUGUUCUCAAGAUUUGGACACGAACCUUUGGUUCUAUCACUGCGACGAUUGUGAUCUUUCGUUUCAUCUCAGAUGUUAUGAUGAAUCAUGUUAUCUCAACUUCUCACAUGUCAAGUAUGGAGCUACUGAUAUUAUUAAAGACCAUCUCCAUCCUCACAGCCUCACGUUUGUACUCAAUAAGAGGUUUCGUCUUUGCGGAAAAUGUCACGACGGUCAGAAUAGCGGGCCUGUCCUUGAAUGUGCACCAUGCAAAACCAUAUUCUGUGCGUACUGCUCUGGAAUGCGGUCCGUGUAUUAUUAGGAUUUGGCCUUGCGUUAUAAUCUUUGAAACUGUGAUGUACUUACUAUAUUAGUCCCUUGCAAAUACACGGUUUACUAUUAAUUUAUACUU